UGGAUCCCCGUGCUUCGUUAGCGCGGCUCGGCCCAGCUGGACCAGGGAGGAGCCUCCCGGCCCGGGAGCAGCGAGAUGCAGGCGAUAGAGGAAAGAGAAACCACUUCAUCAAUGGCCAAAGGAGAUAAGGACACUAAGACAGAACCAGAAGAAUUCUAUUUUCAGUCACUUAUAACUGAUGUAUUUAAUGGCAAAGGAUUUCAGAAAAUAAAUGAACUAUUUCCUCUAAAAGUGACCUAUGUUCCUCAAAAAUGUGACAAACCGCUACUGAAUCAUCUCGACAGGCUGAUAAAUAAGGAAUUGGAUAAGAAUGAAUUCCACAAUGUCUCACUGUUGCUGAAAUGCAUUAAACAGUUCUUCAAAGGUGAUCUUGAAGAAGAUGAACAUUUGUUAAUCCGUUAUGGAUUUAUUUCAAAGAUGGUUUCCUGGUUUGAAAGAACAAUAGGAUUUCUGACCAUCAAAGAGCUGGCCUUAACUCCGUCCUUAAUUAAUGUGACAGAGGAUUUUUUUGACAUUGCAUUGGUCAUUUUGAAACGCAGUAGUGAAGGAAAAAUCCAGUUGUUGGAUUCAUUCUUACUCAGCAUAGGACUGGUAGUUACAGAGAAGAAAAUCAGUUUUAUCAUUCGGCAAGAGGCCUUGAGGACCCUAAACUCCAUUCUGGACACAUUACCCCGUGAAGAAAGAAAGAAAUUAUCUUUGUCAGAAGAUAUACAUGUGCUUACUCAAGACCUUGCAAGGACAAUUCUGGAAAUAGGGGACUAUGACGUCCAGGCUGCCAUUUCUGAAGCUCUGUGCAGGUUGAUGGCCAAGAAAUCCAGGGACAACCUUGUUCAUAAAUGGUUUGAAGAUAGCUUUAUUGCUCUAGCUUUCAAAGAGAUAAAGGACAGAGACUUUGAGACGGAUAGCAGAAAAUUUCUUAAUCUUCUAAAUAGCAGACUUGGUGAUCAAAGAAGAGUGUAUUCCUUUCCUUGCAUCGCUGCCUUUGCUGAUGAGAAUGAGAUGAGGAAACCAACCGACGAAAAGCUGGAGAAGUUUUGGAUUGAUUUUAAUGUUGGAAGCCAGAGUGUAACUUUUUACAUCAAUAAUCCGGAGGGACUUCUAUGGGAUUCAGUAAGACUUGAAAAGGAAGCAGUGAAAAGUUACGGUGUAAAAGAAUCCCAAGGGAAAAUAGUGUUUCAUGUGAAUCUGAAGAAUCGUCUCACGAUUGGCAAAAAAGAAGUAAAGAAAAUAGAAAUACACUUUGAUUCUCAAUUCAGUAUCUUCGAUUCUAGCAUUAAAGUUCUAGGAGAAGAUAAAAUAUUGAGCACCUCCACUGAGAGAAAGCAACAGUCAUCACCAGUCGUUUCCAGUAACUUGGAGAACCAAACAGUUGAGAUGUCUGAAUCCACAUUCCUGCAGUUCAAGCAAGAUCCUUCACAAAAUGAAAAAACGAGCUCGGCGUCGGACCUGUUGGCCUCUGAUAUUCGUGAUCCAUCUGAAGGAGAAAAAAUGAACGACACUGAUCCUUCAGCUGAGAUGCAUCAAAUAUCUAAAUUUGAAGAUACCGGAUUAGAUCAAGAAGUAGCCCCCCAACAGGACAACUCGGACACUUCCCAAUUUAAUGGCCAACCCAGCCAAACACCUGAGAUGAAGUCAUUGGAGGUCUUGGUUGUAGAGGUUCAUUCCUCCGAGGAAGAUGUUUCAGAGAAGACCAGUCAAGCAACAAAUCCAAACCAGACAAUUUCUGAAACAAAAGAGAAUAUUUAUGACUUUGGACAUUCUUCUGAUUCUUUGUCUCAUCAGUUGGUCACUACUGCAAAGCAAAAAUAUUUAAGCAAAAACAAUCCCCAACUGAAAACAAGGGGUAAUAAAAAACAAGACACGAAAUUGGAGACUUCGUCUGGCAGCCUUAGGAAACACCUAUUCUCUGAGAGUAAUUUUGAAACCAGCAAUGGUACCAGUGAAAGAUCUUGGAUUAAUGAGCAGAAGGAAAAGAGUGUAAAAUCAUAUCCUAGCAAGAAAAGACCAAGGGUCAGAAGUAAAUUAAAAGUUUUGCCAUUGUCAUCGGCAAGUAGUGGCAGUGAUCAUCAGAAGACCAAAUCUAGACUAAGAUCGAGGGGGAAGGAAGCGCCAAGAAAAAAGCCUAACGCCGCAUCUGCUGAAGCAACAGUCGAAGGCCUAGCAGGCUUUUUAACUCCUGAAGAUUCCGUUCAAAAACCAUCACUCCUUCCUGAUGAUUCCGAAGCUUCUGCUCUCUCCUUGUUAGGCGUUGCACCUUACCCAGAGCACUCUGAUUCUGCAGAGGAGAAAUUACAGUCUGCAGAUCACAAAUCAGAGAAAGAUUCCCCCUCCAAGCGGAAACUAAAGACUUUGGGAUUUGUAGGUAAUGAUUUAAUAAAGCUGAAACAUUCAAAAUUAGAACCUUCCAGCAUACUCUCCCAUUUUCCUGCUACCAUCCAACAGAAAGAACUUUUUACCUUGAUACAGAAAGAAAAAGAACCUUUCGCAGAACAGGAAGCUGAUCCGGGCGACAUCUUGGUUCCAGAUGAUUCCACAAAGAGUUUAGCAGAAUCACCUAUUAUCUGUACAUUUGAAACUUUCACUACAGAACUGAAGAAAAAGUUUUGGUCUAGGUACAGGAAGGAGGAACUUUGUGCAAAAAAUGCUACGGCAGCAUCUGAGAAUAUAAUCAUGCUACUGAACCAAAUACACCAGUGCAGACUGGAUAAACUUGAACAGUUCCACAAGAUUGUUCUUCAAGAACUGGCUAAUCUUGAGAGGGAUGCUCAAACGCUUACAGACCUUGAGGGGGACAUAUUGGAGUUUUGGAAGAAGCAGUCUGAAGAACUGAACUCCUUCUGUGAUCUGCAAGAGCAGAGACUCCAGUCCAUGAGUUCGACAUUAGGACCCCCAGCUCCAGGUUUUGUGCAGGACACACAGGCUGAACUGCCAGAGGAAAAUAUGGGUGAAGACGAGGAGGUCAAGGCAGCUGCCAGUGAAAACAAAUAACGUGCUUGGAGUUUGUGAUCCCCACUGUAACUCUUGCACUAGGACCAUCUUCUUUCCUGAGAAUCGCUGACUUGAUCAGACCAAUUGGCAGCAUCAAAAUGGUGGUGGAUUUGUAAGUGAGCCUCAGAUUCCUCAGGAGCCAUACUUCCAGGGAAAUUGCCCAGAUCAAGUUCUGAAGUCAGUCAGCCAAGGAUAAGUGACUUGGAGUUAAUUGAAAAAGUAAUUGAAAGCCCUCCAUUUCCACUACUGAAAGCACACAAUGCCUUCUCUGUCUUUCUGCUGUAUUUGUGUAGAUUAUGGCCCGUCUGGAAGAUGUACAUCUGCAAUGCAUUUCUUUGGGAAAUAUGUUCCUAUUUUCUCCAGAUUACAUUUUGGGGAGGCAUAGAGGACAUUUACUUUGAGGCCAAAAAUCUGAUGACAUGCAAAAUGCGGUCCUACCAAUUUAAUGAAUUUUACUGAAUACUAAAGCUUCCUCUAUGAUAGAAGAUAUAGAAUGCAAAAGAUGAAAAAUCUAAGACUAGUUUGUGACCUUCCUGCAAUUACUAUCAAAGUGAUUGCAGUCAUUUAUCAGAAAACUCAAACUGAACAAGGAAAAGUCAUUAAUACAUGUGCUACUUUGGGGAAGUGAGUGAUCUGUGGAUUAAGCCAUUCAGGCGUUAUCCAUCCAUCAAUCGAUGAUUAUGAAUGUACUAAUAACCUGUGUUUCAAAUUCAAGGCAGUAAUUGUUUAAAGAAAUCCUUCGUUGCUUUCCUUUUGUGUUCAUGGGUUUUGAUUAAUCUAAAUGAAUUGCCCUUAUAAAACACAGGAGUUACAGAUCUUGAGCUUUUUGCUGAAAUGCUUUGUUUAUUUUUCUUUGGACUAAAAAAAAUUGAGAUUA